UCGGCCCCCUCGCAGAUCAGCGAAAUAUUUUCACUGCAGCAGCGGCAGCAGCGGCAGCAGCGGCGGCGGCUCGGGCGCUGCAGGGAGCGGAGCUGGUGCCGAGUGAGCUCCGGCAGCUCCGGUUCAGCCCCAGCCGUGGCUCUGCGCGGUGCCGAGCUCCCGGCAGCGGCAACCAAGAGGUUUUGGGGCCGGGAGGAAGCUCCUCAUAUCCCAGAACAGCUGGAUCAUGCGUGCCUGGAGAGGGCAAAUGCCAUAGGAUGACCGCUGCUGGUCCCCUCUUACUGGCUGUGAUUUCGUCUGUCCUGUGGCUCACGCGGGGCUUCGACCCGGCUCCCAGCGCCUGCUCCGCCCUGGCCUCUGGUGUCCUCUACGGCUCCUUCUCCCUCAAGGACCUGUUCCCCACCAUCUCCUCCGGCUGCUCCUGGACCCUGGAGAACCCCGACCCCACCAAGUACUCGCUCUACCUCCGCUUCAACCGGGAGGAGCAGGUCUGCACCCACUUCUCGCCCAUGGUGCUGCCGCUCGACCACUACCUGGCCAACUACACCUGCGACCCCCGGGGCGAGGCCAGCCCUGUGCCCACCGCCCAGCACCCAGAGCAGCAGCAGGAGGAGGAGGAGGACGAGGAAGCCGAGCUGGAGCUGUGCGAGGGCACAGGACCGUUCACUUUCCUGCACUUUGACAAGAACUUCGUGCAGCUGUGCCUGGCAGCCGAGCCCGAGGCGGCCCCGCGGCUGCUGGAGCCGCAGGCGCUGGAAUUCCGCUUCGUGGAGGUGCUGCUCAUCAACAACAACAACUCCAGCCAGUUCACCUGCAGCGUGCUGUGCCGCUGGCUCGAGGAGUGCCUGCAGGCCCCCGGUGCCCGCCGCUGCGGCUUCACCCACGCCGGCUGCAGCUGCCAGGCCGAGAGCCCCCCGGCGCCACGGCGCAACGGCACCCGGCCCCCGGCGCCCCCCGUGCCCACCCCGGCACCUGCCGAGCCCGACUGCUGCCCCACCGAGCUGCAUCCUGCCAAUGCCAACGAGCUCGAGCUGCCCGAGGUGCCACAUGGCAAUGCGGUCGAGGAGAACCAGAAGGUGAAGACCCAGUGGCCACGGUCAGCGGAUGAACCCGGGGUCUACAUGGCCCAGACAGGGGACCCCGCGGCGGAGGAGUGGUCGCAGUGGAGCGUGUGCUCGCUGACGUGCGGCCAGGGCUCCCAGGUGCGGACGCGCUCCUGCGUCUCCUCUCCCUACGGGACGCUGUGCAGCGGGUUGCUCCGGGAGACCCGCACCUGCAACAACACCGCCACCUGCCCAGCUGCUGGCGCGUGGGAGCCGUGGUCCCCGUGGAGCCUGUGCUCGGUGACCUGCGGGCGAGGCGCCAGGACCAGGACGCGGCGCUGCGCGGCCCCGCGGCGCCCAGGGAAGGCCUGCGAGGGCCCCCAGCUGCAGGCCAAGCCCUGCAAUAUCCAGACCUGCCCUGUGGAAGGGCAGUGGCUGCCGUGGGGCGCCUGGAGCCGCUGCUCCGUCACCUGUGCCAACGGCACCCAGCAGCGGACGCGCAGGUGCAGCGUCUCGGCCCCCCAGGGCUGGGCCGAGUGCCGGGGGGCCCACGCCGACGCCCGGGAGUGCUCCAACCCCACCUGUCCCACAGACAGCAAGUGGGGCCCUUGGAACCACUGGAGCCUCUGCUCCAAGACCUGCGACACCGGCUGGCAGCGGCGCUUCCGCAUGUGCGAGGGCUCGGGCAUGCAGGGCUACCCCUGCGAGGGCACCGGCGAGGAGGUGAAGACCUGCAACGAGAAGAAAUGCCCAGCCUACCACGAGAUGUGCAAGGACGAGUACGUGAUGCUGAUGACCUGGAAGAAGACGGCUGCAGGGGAGAUCAUCUACAACAAAUGUCCCCCCAACGCCACAGGGACUGCCAGCCGCCGGUGCCUGCUGAGCCCUCAUGGGGUCGCCUAUUGGGGCGUGCCCAGCUUCGCCCGCUGCGUGUCCCACGAGUACAGAUACUUGCAUCUCUCACUGCGGGAGCACCUGGCCAAGGGCCAGCGGGUGCUGGCAGGGGAGGGCAUGUCCCAGGUGGUGCGGAGCCUGCUGGAGCUCAUGGCCCGCAAGAGCUACUACAGCGGGGACCUGCUCUUCUCCGUGGACAUCCUGCGCAACGUCACCGACACCUUCAAGAGGGCCACCUACAUCCCGUCCUCCGAGGACGUGCAGCGCUUCUUCCAGGUGGUGAGCUACAUGGUGGACGCUGAGAAUCGUGAGAAGUGGGAGGAUGCCCAGCAGGUCUCUCCCGGCUCCGUGCACCUGAUGAAGGUGGUGGAAGACUUCAUCCACCUGGUGGGGAACGCGCUGAAGGCUUUCCAGAGCUCCCUCAUUGUCACUGACAACCUGGUGACCAGCAUCCAGCGGGAGCCCGUGUCCGCCGUGUCCAGCGACAUCAACUUCCCCAUGCGGGGCCGGCGGGGCAUGAAGGACUGGGCCCGCAGCUCCGAGGACAAGCUCUUCAUCCCCAGGGAGGUGCUGAGCCUCGCCUCGGCAGAAGCCGAGGAAUCGUCACACUUUGUCAUCGGGGCGGUGCUGUACCGCACGCUGGGGCUCAUCCUGCCCCCGCCCAGGAGCCCCCUGGCCGUCACCUCCAAGGUGCUGACGGUGACGGUGCGCCCGCCCACCCGGCCCGCGGAGCCGCUCGUGCUGGUGGAGCUGUCCCACAUCAUCAACGGCACGUCCCACCCGCAGUGUGUCACCUGGGACUACUCGAGGACGGAUGCUGGCUUGGGAAACUGGGACACGGAGAGCUGCCAAACCCUGGAGACCCUCCCGGCGCACACCAAGUGCCAGUGCCGCCAGCUCGCCACCUUCGCCGUGCUUGCCCAGCUGCCCAGAGACCUGGCCAUGGACCCCUCGGGGACACCGUCGGUGCCACUGAUGAUCGGCUGCGCCGUGUCCUGCAUGGCCCUGCUGACCCUGCUGGUGAUCUACGCCGCCUUCUGGAGGUUCAUCAAGUCGGAGCGCUCCAUCAUCCUGCUCAACUUCUGCGUCUCCAUCCUGGCUUCCAACAUCCUCAUCCUCGUGGGCCAGUCCCAGAUGCUCAGCAAGGGCGUGUGCACCAUGACCGCCGCCUUCCUCCACUUCUUCUUCCUCUCGUCCUUCUGCUGGGUGCUGACCGAGGCCUGGCAGUCCUACCUGGCGGUGAUCGGCCGGAUCCGGACACGCCUGGUCAGGAAACGCUUCCUGUGCUUGGGAUGGGGGUUGCCAGCGCUCGUGGUCGCCGUCUCCGUUGGCUUCACACGGACCAAAGGCUACGGGACAGCGAGCUACUGCUGGCUCUCGCUGGAGGGCGGUUUGCUCUACGCCUUCGUGGGACCCGCUGCUGUCAUCGUGCUGGUGAACAUGCUGGUGGGCAUCAUCGUCUUCAACAAGCUCAUGUCCCGCGACGGCAUUUCAGAUAAGUCCAAAAAGCAGCGAGCUGGCUCCAAGCCCCCCCCGUGCGGCAGCCUGCUGCUGAAAUGCACCAAGUGCGGCGUGGUGUCCAGCGCGGCCAUGACCUCCGCCACCGCCAGCAGUGCCAUGGCAUCGCUGUGGAGCUCCUGCGUGGUCCUGCCUCUGCUGGCGCUGACCUGGAUGUCGGCCGUGCUCGCCAUGACCGACCGGCGCUCCAUCCUCUUCCAGGUCCUCUUCGCCGUCUUCAACUCCGUCCAGGGCUUCGUCAUCAUCACCGUGCACGGCUUCCUGCGCCGAGAGGUCCAGGACGUGGUCAAGUGUCAGAUGGGGGGGUGCAGGAGCGAGGAGAAUGAGAACUCGCCCGACUCCUGCAAGAACGGGCAGGUGCAGAUCCUGACAGAUUUUGAAAAGGACGUUGACCUGGCAUGUCAGACAGUGCUGUUCAAAGAGGUGAACACCUGCAACCCCGCCACCAUCACGGGCACCUUGUCCCGCAUCUCCCUGGACGGAGACGAAGACCCCAAGCUCAACACCAGCUCGGAGGGCGGCCUGGGCUUCUCCAGCCUGCCCGGGAACAUCCCGCCCGCCAGCAUCCUGGUGCAGGUGCCCAAGAUGACACCGAAUGUGGUGGCGGGUCUGACCGAGCUGGGCGAGCCGCCGGCACAGCAGCUCAGCCUGGAGGCGCCGGGUCCCGUUUACCUGUGCACCGAGAGCAGCCUGAGGCCCCUGGAAUACGGCUGGAUCCGGGCUCCCGAGCCCCCCCGAGAGAGCGAUUACAUGAUGCUGCCCCGGCGCACCGGCAGCCUCAAGCCCUUCAAGCCCCGGGAGGAGGGAACGCUCGGUCCUGGCGCGGAGGAGGCGGUGCCCGGCGGGACGGGGCGCCCGGCGGCCGAAGGGGAAGCCUACCCCGGCUUUGUGGCCGUGGAUCACGUCAAUGUGAACCUCAACCAGCCCUACGCCACGGUGAAGGCGCCCUACGGCCUCCAGUUCAAGCAGCACCCCACAGUGAGGCAGAUCCUGGCCUCGGAGCUGUCGGAGCGCAGCCGCACCAUGCCCCGCACCGUGCCCGGCUCUGCCAUGAAAGUGGGGUCCCUGGAGAGGAAGAGGUUGCGGUACUCUGACCUGGACUUCGAGAAGGUGAUGCACACACGGAAACGCCACUCCGAGCUCUACCACGAGCUCAACCAGAAAUUCCACACGCUGGACCGGUACCGGGCUCCGUCCACCGGCUCCUCCAAGCGAGAAAAGCGGUGGAGCGUCUCCUCGGGCGGCGGGGACAAGAGCACGGCCAACGAUGUGACCAGCCCCGAGGAGCAGCGGCCGAAGGCUCCGGCCGCACCGCCCAAGCCAUGGAGCACGUUCAAGGCGAUGACGCUGGGCUCGCUGCCCAGCGCCCAGCGGGACCGGCUGGAGCUGUGCAGGGCAGACUGGGACAGCCCCUGCGCCGGCCUGGACGCUGCCGACGGCGAUUUCCAGACGGAGGUGUGAGCCCCGGAGGUGUGAGCCCCGCGCCCGCCGCCGCCGCCGCCGCCCCGUGCACGGCGGCCCCGCUGGGUUUGCUCCGAGCUCCGGGGCAGCCGGGGGGUCCCUGUCCCCCGGGAGAGCCGCCUCCCGCUCGUCCUCGCGCGGUUCCUCCUCCUGCCACCCCCAGGACGCGGGUGUGGAGGGGACCCGCGCCGUCUCCACCCCCUCUCCCCAAAAUGCUCACCCACGCUCACGCCUGCACCCCAACCCCCGGGGCAGGACCGGCCCGUGGAGGCCCUCAGACCUUUGUUCUUUUCUACCGGGAUGUUUCUUCACGCCGUGCACCGUGUGCACGCGCGCGGCCGCCCCCCGGGACCCCCCCCAAAAAACCCCGGGAGCCCCGCGGCCGCCCCCUCCCAGCCCUCCCCACCGUU